GGGUGACUUUGGUCUCCACCAGCCACCAUGGAUUGGAAAACACUGCAGGCACUGCUCAGCGGGGUCAACAAGUACUCCACAGCCUUCGGCCGCAUCUGGCUCUCCGUGGUCUUUGUCUUCCGCGUCCUGGUCUACGUGGUGGCGGCCGAGCGCGUGUGGGGCGACGAGCAGAAGGACUUUGACUGCAACACGCGGCAGCCGGGCUGCACCAACGUCUGCUAUGACUACUUCUUCCCCAUCUCCCACAUCCGCCUCUGGGCCCUGCAGCUCAUCUUUGUCACUUGUCCUUCCCUCCUGGUCAUCAUGCACGUGGCCUACCGGGAGGACCGCGAGAAGAAGAACCGGGAGAAGAACGGGGAGAAUUGCCCCAAGCUCUACAGCAACACCGGCAAGAAGCACGGCGGGCUGUGGUGGACCUACCUGCUCAGCCUCUUCUUCAAGCUUAUCAUAGAGAUCCUGUUCCUCUACCUCCUCCACAAGAUGUGGGACAGCUUCGACUUGCCACGGCUGGUCAAGUGCACCAACGUGGAUCCCUGCCCCAACACCGUGGACUGCUACAUCGCUCGGCCCACCGAGAAAAGGGUCUUCACCUAUUUCAUGGUCGGAGCCUCCUCCAUCUGCAUCAUCCUCACCGUCUGUGAGAUCUUCUACCUCAUCUUCAAGCGAGUUGUCCGCGGUGCACAGAAGUGGAAGAAAUCCACCAAGCGCUCCGUCAGCUACAGCAAGGCCUCCACCUGCCACUGCCACCUCAAGUCAGAGGAGAAGGACAACAAGUCCCAGACUAGGUGUGUGACAGCCCUGACUGCUGUCUGA